CAGCAGAGUGAUUAAUAUCGACAUAGCAUUAGUAUUAGAGAUACUAGUAUCAGACCCAGAAUUUGUAUCAAGAGCAACAGAAUCAGAUCCAGAAUAUACAAUAGCAUCAGACUCAGGAUAUGUAUCAGGAAUAUUAGGAGUAGCAGCACCAAAUACAAAAUGUGAAUCAGAAUCAGCAGCACCAGACUUAAAAUAUAUAUUAGAGUUACCAAUACCAGGAAAACUUAUACCAAGAGUACCAAGAGAAGCAGCAAAUUAG